CAGCGUCCUCUCCCUGAGACCAAAGGCACAGCUUUGCUUUGCUAUGCGGAACCAAGAACCAUGAAAAUGCUUCGGUUCCGAAGUCCGAGCAUCUCGUCCCUCGCGCAGGAGGUCCAGUGCACGGUUCGUCUGCUGGACGACUCAGAGAUCUCGUGCAGCAUCCAGAGAGACACAAAAGGGCAGUUUAUCUUGGACCAUGUGUGUAACCACUACAGUCUGCUGGAGAAAGAUUACUUUGGCAUCAGAUAUGUGGAUCCUGAGAAACAAAGGCAUUGGUUGGACCCGAGUAAACCAGUGGUGAAACAAAUGAAAUGUCAGCAGCCAUAUACUAUGUGCUUCAGGGUGAAGUUCUACCCUCAGGAGCCAAUCAAGAUCAAAGAAGAGUUGACAAGGUACCUGUUGUAUCUACAGCUGAAGAGAGAUGUGUACCAUGGUAGGCUGUUAUGUCCAUUUGCUGAUGCUGCGUAUCUUGGAGCCUGUAUAGUACAGGCUGAGCUUGGAGAUUAUGACCCUGAGGAACAUCCUGCAGACUACAUCAGUGACUUCAAGCUUUUCCCCAAACAGUCCCUCAAACUGGAACGCAAGAUCAUGGAGAUCCAUCAGAAUGAGCUGAGGGGACAGUGUCCUGCACUCGCGGAGUUAAACCUUCUUCAGAGGGCGCACACUUUGGACACGUAUGGAGUCGAUCCACAUCCCUGCAAGGAUUUCACAGGAUCCACAGCCUUCCUGGGAUUCACUGGAAGAGGGUUUGUGGUUUUCCAGGGAAAUAAGCGGAUCCACCUUUUAAAAUGGGCAGAUGUCAGCAAAUUUAAGUUUGAAGGGAAAACAUUCUAUGUGAUUGGAGUACAAAGAGAGAAGAAACUGGUACUGACAUUCCACAUCACCACACCAGCAGCCUGUAAACACCUAUGGAAAUGUGCUGUGGAAAACCAGGCAUUUUACAAAUGUGCAAAAUCAAGUCAGAUAAAGACUGUGUCCAGCAGCAGUAUAUUUUUCAAGGGAAGCAGAUUUCGCUUCAGUGGGCGGGUGGCAAAAGAAGUGAUUGAAGCCAGUUCAAAGAUUCAGAGAGAACCACCAGUUGUACACAGGUGUCAGUUUGGUGAAAGCAGAAGCUUUAUUUCUCUUAGUCAUAAACAGCUUAUAAUGAACAUGGAGCCCCUCUUACCAGCACUCAGUUCCUGCCGGGAAUACAGAGAAACCUCAGCAGACAAUGGACUCUCGGCUUUGAAAGACUCGGUUCAUCUCUCCCCAUUGAAACAGUCAGUCACGCCUGAGGAGGUGGAAAUAGAAGAGCGAGAAAACCAUGUUCAGGAGAGACGAGAGGACAUGACGGCAAAUAGGACAAGAGUAGAUGAGGAGAGGAGAGAGCUACAUGCAGACACUGAAGACGAUGUGGCCGGCACUUUCACUAUCUCAGACACAGCGUAUAACCCCACUGCUAGUCUGGUGCCGACUCCAGUUGAGGAGGGCCAGGGUAGCUUAGACCUGCUGUUCCAGAGUCCUGCAUGCUUGCUGAAGGAGCUUCACACUGAUCCAGAGAUGCAGGCUGAGCUACAAGCCGAGAGGGAGCGGGAACUGGCCAGAGAGGCCUUUCGCCAAUCCUUGUGCAGCUCGUCAAGCGGACGGCAGCAGAUGCAGGCCUGUCUACACAGUGCCGCCCGACUAGUGGUGAUGGCAACUGGUCUUCUCAUGGUUCUUCUUCCUCUUCUCCUCGUACUGUUGGAAUCAGACCUGGACAUCUCAUUCCUGCAUGACAUUCGGCAGACGCCAGAGUUCAAGCAGUUCCACUAUGAGUACUACUGCCCUCUGCGCCGCUGGUUUCUCUGCAAACUCGAACUUAUUGUGGAGCAGCUAUGGGGGGACUGA